AUUACUUCUAUAAUUAAUACUUGUUUUAAAAUUUAUUUUUAGAAGAGUUCGUUUCAAUGAAGUUAAAUUUAAAAAAUGGUUUACAUUAUUACUUUUAUUUUUAUGAUAAUAUACACGAUUAUCACGUACAUUAUCAAAAUUAUCUACUUCAACAACCAAAAACUGAAGAUGUAACUAACUCGUUGAAAAUACAUGAAAAUAAUAAUAGCUCCAAUACAAUGGAAGUUGAUGAAAAAACACAAAAUGUCAAUAUUGGACAAGAAGAAGAUAAUUACGAACUAAAUGUAAAGAAUUGGUGUAAAUUAAACUCAACAACGACUAUAACUACUUUUAUUAUAAAUAAUAAAAUAAAUUUUGAAAGUUUGCCAAUCGAUUAUAAAGAUGAAAUAAUAGAUACAUUUUUUAAAGUAAACGAAAAAGCCGAAAAUGUAAAAAGAGAACCUUCUUUUAUUCUCUAUUAUGAGACUUAUAUAUUAAAUAAGUUUAACGAAGGAGCAGAAAAUUUACCACCGGGUAAUAUUAAAUGGUGUGAACAGAAUAUAAAAACUGACUCAGAGGCGGUGACAGACGAACAGCAGUUAGUUGUAGACGAUAAAGUAACUGACUCAAAGGCGAUGACAGCAGAACAGCAGUUAGUUAAACCUUAGUUUAGCUAAAGAGAAUUAAUUCUAUCCAACAUCUAUAAUUUUAAUUUUUUUUUUUUUUGUUAUAAUAAUAAAUACCAAAAAAUAAUUAUGUGUACCAAAUUUUCUUUGAGAAAAAUUAUCUUAAUAUUUAUUUAAUUAUAUAAUACAUUUAGUUGUACGAUAAAUACUAAAAUACAUACCUUUCAAUUUUCAUUUUUAUUUUAUAAUAAUAAUAUUUAUUGUAAUGGUAUAUAAUAACUACCAGUAUUUUAUUAUAUUUAAUAUGUUACUUUUUAAAGACAAUAAAUUAAAAUUCAAUUCAAUUAUUUAACACGAA